UAUAUAAGCUCUUACAAUUUUUCACUUCGUUUCUCUUUCUAUUCCUCAGCUGGAGGCCUCAUCUCCACUGCAUCCCCUGCAUGCACUCACUCUAGAACAGUUUUGUGGUUCAAGGAUUACUGAGGGGGAGAAUUAACAGCCGGCUCUAAAAAUGGAGAUAACUAAUGUCAUGGAGUAUGAGGCAAUUGCAAAGCAGAAAUUGCCAAAGAUGGUGUUUGAUUACUACGCAUCUGGUGCCGAGGACCAGUGGACUCUGCAAGAAAACAGAAAUGCCUUUUCCAGGAUCCUGUUCCGGCCACGUAUUCUCAUCGAUGUGAGCAAGAUAGACAUGUCCACAACUGUCCUGGGCUUCAAAAUUUCCAUGCCAAUCAUGAUUGCUCCAACAGCCAUGCAGAAAAUGGCUCAUCCUGAGGGAGAAUAUGCAACUGCAAGAGCUGCAUCAGCUGCUGGAACAAUCAUGACUUUGUCCUCAUGGGCUACUUCAAGUGUUGAAGAGGUGGCCUCGACAGGACCUGGCAUCCGCUUUUUCCAGCUAUAUGUGUACAAGGACAGGAACGUUGUUGCUCAGCUUGUGAGAAGAGCUGAAAGGGCUGGGUUCAAAGCUAUUGCUCUCACUGUUGACACCCCAAGGCUUGGUCGCAGAGAAGCUGACAUUAAGAACAGAUUCACCUUGCCACCAUUCUUGACAUUGAAGAAUUUCGAAGGUUUGGACCUUGGAAAGAUGGACAUGGCCGACGACUCUGGACUUGCUAGUUAUGUUGCUGGCCAAAUUGAUCGCACUCUGAGCUGGAAGGAUGUGAAGUGGCUUCAAACAAUCACUAAGCUUCCAAUUCUGGUGAAGGGUGUUCUGACUGCUGAGGACGCAAGGCUUGCAGUUCAGGCUGGAGCAGCGGGAAUUAUUGUGUCCAAUCAUGGAGCUCGACAGCUGGACUAUGUGCCUUCCACUAUAAUGGCCUUAGAAGAGGUUGUGAAAGCUGCUCAAGGUCGUGUUCCAGUAUUCUUGGAUGGUGGUGUUCGUCGUGGAACUGAUGUUUUCAAGGCCUUGGCCCUAGGAGCCUCCGGCAUAUUUAUUGGACGUCCGGUGGUGUACUCACUGGCAGCAGAGGGAGAAGCUGGAAUUAGGAAAGCGUUGCAGAUGCUGCGUGAUGAGUUUGAGCUAACCAUGGCAUUGAGUGGAUGCCGCUCUCUCAAGGAAAUCACUCGCGACCAUAUCGUCACUGACUGGGACCGCCCUCGUCUCCUUCAUCCUCCUGCCCUCCCCAGAUUAUGAGCACCUUCAUCCUCACUUCUGCUAUAAGUGAUCAUCAUCAACCAGUGCUGCUUCAGAGACAUGACUGGAGAAAGAUGACGGUGAUGAUGAUGGUGGUGGAGAAGCAGAAGCACUUGUUCUUUCCUUCUUCUUCUUUUUUUCCUCUGAGAACUCUUUUAUUAUUGUUAUCGUCAAGGAUCUGAAAGAGUGCUAUAUAUUUUGAAAACUACAUGUUAAAUUUCCUGUAAAGAUUAUGAUGAUACUUUUUUUAUGGCUAUACUGUUGCUGCUGCUACUUUCAGUGUAUAUUCUUCUCAUGAAGUGCCUAGCUAGUGGCCACUGUUGAACCAUCAUAAUAAUGUUGUCCUUCAUAAUCAA